GCGUCGACAGUGCACUCAUUGCUGCUGCUGCGUAGGAGACAAACACCAAACACCACUUCACCCAGAGAGCUCGGAGGUGUCUCUUACAUAAACAAAGGCUUAAUAUAAACCAUAAAAAUGCAUUCAGUCACGCUGGACAGCAGUGGUUCUCCAAAGAAGCGGACGUUUUCUCGGGGACUGAGCGAGGACGAGUCUCUCCGCAGCAUUAUAAAAGAGACUGAGAGUUCAUCCAGGCGUCUGACACGAAGCGACAGCCGACCAGGCACCCUGAAGAGGAGGAGCGACAGCCAGCAAUCUGACCAGGAUCUCUUCAUGGGACUCCCAGAAAUGCUGGAGCUGCAGGCCAGCUAUGAUGAGGUGGUGCAGGAGCUGCGUGGGCUGGAGGUCGAGCGAGAGGCUCUGUUGUUCCAGGUGGAUGUCCUGCAGGACACACUGGAGGGCGUAGAGGAGCUGCUGGCUGAGGCCCAGAGGGAAGCUGGACAGGCUACUUUGGAGUUGGCGCGAGAGAAGGAGGCCAAGACGAAGCUGGAGAGCAUGGUCUGCUCUCUGAUGCAAGAGGUGGAGAGAUUAAAAGAGGAAAGGAAUAAACCAUCUGCUCCUGUGAACAGACGUGGAAGUGAAGACGGGGCAACGAGACAAGGACAAGCUGCACACAGAGAAGACAAAGACUCGUCCCUGAGUGAACCUCACAGCAGUGAAAACAGAGGUCAAGCGUCUGAGGAGGAGGGUCAGGGUGAAGAGGCCGAGGAUGAAGGAAGUGGCCUGACAAAGCAGCGGAGGAUGGUCAGUAAGCCCCUGGCCCACAUACCCUCUCUUGCACUGGACAAUCUGGUCUCUGAAGACGGGGUUCUCCGGAGGCCUUACGAAAAUGGUGUCGAUGACGAACGCGAUCCUUCGCCGGACAGGAACGACUCAGACAACUUAAGUGCCUAUGAGGAUGCAUCUGCUGAGACUCCAGAGCAGGACAGGAUCUUUCCAGGGGAUGGCGACACUUUUGAGCUGCCUGAUGAUUCAGAAAAUAAAGAGAAACGUCCAACCAACAACUGUCAGGUCAAAGACGGUGAGACCCAAGACCCCAAAAGUGAUGCCUGCGUUGUGUCUUAACUUCAUCUGUUUUAUCUACUGCUGGGGAAAAGGACAGAGAUUAUCAUUGAUCAUUUGGUCAAAUUCAAGAGCUCUUUGCUAGUUAUCAAAAUCUGAUCUUCAUGUUCUUAACUUUGCAGCUAUCGACAACACCCAGAGUUACUGUAAUUAGAGCUUCAACGAUAAAUCAUUUAAUUGAUCAAAGGAAAAUUACCUUCAGCGAUUUAGAUAAUCAAUUAAUUGUUUCAGUCAUUCUUCAAGCAAGAAUGCCAAACACACGCUGGUUUCAGCUUCUCAAAUGAGGAUUUGCUGCUUUACUUUAUGGAUUACUGGUGGAACAAACACUGGUGAAGACAAAACUUUGGGCUCUAAAAAACUGUAAUGAUCAUUUUUUAUUAUCAUAAUCAUCAUGUUAUAGACAGAAUUUCCUAUUGAUUAUUCUAAAAAAAUAAUCUACGGAUUAAUUUAUAAUGAAAAAAGUCAUUAGUUGCAGCCCUUUCUGUAAUACACUGUAGUAUAAAUUAAGAUUUACUUCAAUUCACAAUAAAGAAACUCAGGAUCCAGGUGGUUUACCAUUUCCACAAAUGACUACUUUAUAUAAUUUGACAAUUAUGUCUUUUAAUAUCUGUCUUAAUUGUUUUGUUUUUUUUUUAAUCUGUGUAUACACAUGGAAGUACUCCAUGCUGCCUUGGCUGUGUAUCUGUUUGGUCAUCUUUUAAGAAAGUUUGUUUGUAUACUAACAGCUGCCAAGACACAAAUCAGGAUUUACCUGUGUACAAAAUACAGUGAGCUCUGUAAGUAUUUGGACAGGGACUGUUGCUGUUACGGCUUCAACCAUACCUGCACAUGUAGUCCGACCAUUUUAGCAAUUAAAUUUGCUUUUCAAAAUGGGAUGAGUAUAGUCUCGCGUACAAUAAAAUAACAUCAUCUGCAGUUAAAGAUAUUUGGUCUGACUGUCCUCAGUUGUAGAGCUCACUGUAAAGAAGGUUUACGUCAUGUUUGACAUUGCUCUUUGACAGCUAAGAUCAGAUGCUGAUAAUCAAAGGCGAAGGUUACAAGAGGGAUUUUUUUACAUAAGGGAAAUGCCAUCUAUUUACUGUCUCACUGAUUCCACAAGAACAUUUUUUAAAAUUUUAUUUUCAUACUGUCCCUUGUUCCUGUUUUGUUUUGAAAAUUUUGAGAAAUUGGCUGCAUUUGCACUUUCUAAAGUUCUUGUAUUGUGGCAAAAAAUUUGUCAGAUUACAUUAGAAACAACAUUCCCUUUAUAACCAAACACGUCAGCGGGAAGUAAACAGCUGACCUGCCGCAGGCUGUUUUCUCUCUGACUGCAUGGUGAUACUGUAUGUUUGCACAUUUGCAGUGAAACUUGCUGAAAUAAGUCUCUUUGGAUGUCUUUGAUUGCUGUACACACUGUAUUUAAUCGCAAUUUUUAUGUGUAUUUUUUACAAUGUUACAUUUCUUUUUUGUAAUGCUUGAGGCAAGAGUAGACUCUUUCACCUCAUUUGUAAUAGUUUGCAUGAGCAACUGCUAAUGAAUAUUGAUUUCCAAACUACACAUGAAUUGAUCUGUCAUUUAAUAGUACUUUUGCAUGCAGUACUUUCACACACUUAGAUCAAAGUAUUAUUAAAAUAAGUUGUUUACUGCGAAAAAUUGGUUUAUUAAAAGCAUUUUCAAUUUUAAUCUUGUUUGCAAAACAUGCAUCAUUCCUGAGUUGGAUCUUUUACAACAGUUUUGAGGGAACAUAUCAUGUGACACUGAAAUCUUUUAAAUGAAAAUCACAAUUUUGAUAAGUGAUUCUGACGUACGGUUGGUUGACAAAAGUGUAAAGAUAUUAAUACAUUUAUGGAAAUCUGAAAAAAGGUAGAAAGUUUGCAGUUGCUGUAUUUAGCUGCAUAUGAUGUUUCAGGUUUAAGCCUAUUGUUUGUCUUUUGCAUUACUUUAAUCACACAUGCCUGUUUCAAAACAAUGCUGGUUCACAUGCCAAUACUUGAUUCUCUGUUGUGCCGACUGCCAUUGUUCACAGACCACUGGAGUCACAAGCAGCUCAGAUGACUUGCUCUUUUUACACAAAGUGAGCUGAUGGGAAAUUACUGUUACUGUAUCAUCAACAAGUCCAUUUCCUGUUUAUUCAAAGGCUUUUUUUGUAAUGUCACAAUAUCAGGGAAAACUGCUUCCCUGAUACUGGGACACACAGCAGUGACUUUUGAUAUUGUAUUGAGUAAUCAAAUUGUUUUUGUGUUUUACUUUCAGACAACAAUGCAAAAAAUAUGUUCUUACUGUACUUCAGUGCAUUUUAUGGGUCUAAAUAUUUUUGACUCCAGAGCUUUGAAUUGAAUGUUCAGAUGUUACAGUAAAUGACAUAAAUUUAUACUUGUACCUGAUAUAACAUUUCAGACAUAUCAAAAUAAAAAGAGUUAAGAAUG